AGGAGGCGCGGCCCACACACUGAUAUUCUAUCUGCGCGGCCAGCCGCCGUUAAUUGCCGGGUAGCCCCUAGACUAGAGCACCAAAAAGGGGCGUUCACAGCUCGGGGGAACCUGGGAAACUGGGAAUUUGUGGCGGCGGGCUGAGGAGCUCUUAGCACCAGCAUCCUCAGCUGCAGCUAGCAAGUCUUCCAGUGAAUGCUCCACCUAGGCAGUGCUGUGAGGGAAACUCAGCAGCCCCACUCCCUCCAAGGGGACUGAGGGAAACUGUGCUGUGUCCUACUGGGUGAGCAGAGACCAUGUCCUAUUCCAGUACCAAGACAGCAUCCAGUUCACAGCGCACCAGCAGGCACCUAGCCUACCAGGGUUCCUCUUCGCUUGUCCCUCCUCCAGUACAUCCGUGUAAUCAGGCUCUGCGUCGCUGGUGGUUAGCUAUGCGAAAAGCACACCUGGACAGUAAGAAUCAUCUUAGACAGCAGUCCUCUGAGAAUUCUGGAUCUCGACCCAGCUCACAGGAACAGCAGCUCCAUUCCAGCAGCAGAUCGAGAUCCCCAGUGGGGAAACAUUUUCCUGAAAGCAGCCCAUAUUCUGUGCCAGCCAAGUCUGCUAACAAACUCCUGGAAACUCUUGAAAAGGAAAUCACUUGUUCCAUCUGCCUAGACUAUUUCACAGAGCCUGUGUCCAUAGAGUGUGGGCACUAUUUUUGCAAAGCCUGUAUCAAGGAGUGCUGGACGAAGUCAUAUGAGCGCUAUUACUGCCCUUCGUGCAGAACAUAUUCCAGGAGAAGCCUCCGGCCCAGCAGGGAGCUGGCAAAUGUUGUGGAAAUAGCGAAACAGAUGGAGGCAGCCAUAACGCAGCAUGGUCAGAAAAUGUGUGAGGGACACCAAGAGCCUCUGAAACUUUUCUGUGAACAAGAUCAAGCACUCAUCUGCAUGAUCUGCAGGGAGUCCCGUGAGCAUAAGACUCACUCUGUGCUUCCCAUAGAAGAGGCUGCCCAAGAUUACAAGAAACAAAUUGAAGGCCAUGUGCAGGCCCUGAAGGUGAGAAGAACCAAUCUGAAGGCAUCGAAAGAGGCUGGACAGGAAAGAUGCGAGAUGGAUCAGGAUCGGAUACUAGGUGAGAAGCAAGCCAUUGAGGCUGAAUUUGGUCAAAUAUAUCAGUCUGUGAAGACAAUGGAGCAGGUUUUAAUAAUUGAGCUGGAAGAGUUGGACAAGGACUGUGUACAGAGGAAGGAUGCAGCUGUGACUGGACUCUCUGAAGAGAUUGCUCGCCUCGAUGCCCUGAUCAGUGAGAUGGAGCAGAAGUGCAAGCAGCCAACCACUGAAUUGCUGCUGGAUAUUGGAAACACCUUGAACAGGUAUGAGAAUGAGCAGCAGCAGAACCCUGUGGAGAUCUCUUUCCCAACUGAUGUGGGCAAGAAACUUGCAGACUUAAGUCUGAAAAAUGUUGCUGUCAAGCAGAUUCUGCAGAAAUAUCAAGGUAUGGUAAACUUUGAAUGGGAGAAAAAGAGACUGGAAGAUGCUGGCCUAAAAAGGGUAACGAGAUCAAGUUAUGACUCUUGUCGUUCGUGAAAUGGGAAAAGCAAUAUAUUCAACUGGCAGUCCUUGAAACUAUAAUCUUCAGCCAAUGAGAGAGCUCAUUUCAGUAGUUGGUAGCUAUUAGGGUUGCUCAUGGAUGUUAACAGGGUAAUAAAAGCAUCCUCCCCAGCUUCAGGAGCUGUGCACACUCCUAGUUUUCAGGUGUGUGUGUGUGUGUGUGUGUGUGUGUGUGUGUGUGUGUGUGUGUUUUAAAAACUAGGUUGGAGGAGGGGAAAGUAGGGGUGUGCACAAACUGGUUCAGAGGUGGGGAGGGGGUUUCUUUAAGGCAUGGGGAGGGUAUCCUUACCUCCCCCGCUGGUGCUGCUGUCAACAUCAGCAGGGUGGCUGUAUACUCUCUUGCCACCCCGGUCAGCGUAAUACCAGAAGUGGCCCAUGUGUGACGCACUCAUGCACACCGGCCACAUCCGUUAUUAUGCUGACCGGGGCAGCAAGAGGGUAUACAGCCGCUGUGCACCGGCGAUUUCUACAGCAGCGCCGGUGGGGGAAACGUGGUGGGGGAAGUAAGAACACCCUCUCCGUGCCUUAAAGCAACCCCCACACCCUCCUGGGAGUGCACGGAACCGGUUCCGUACACAUUCCUAGGGGAGUGAUCGUGUGGAAGGCAGGCACAGGCUCUGACAGCGUUUCCUCCUGCUUUGAUAAUAUGCUGGGUUAAAGUGCCGAAUAGGACAAUGUCAUCGGAGCCUGCACCCACCUCCCACACGAUCACUUUUCUCUCCUCCAACCUGGCUUUUAACUUGCACAUGAAGGGAGUCAUACAAAGGUCCUGAAGCUGGGUAGGUUGCUUCAGGACGAUUGUGAGCCCUGUUGUGUGUUUUUUAAAAAUUGUGUAUGUUUAGUUUAUAUUUAGUCUCGUUGUUCAGCAUAAGUUCAUUUACAGAUUAAGUUCAAGUAUGAUGAGGAGUCAUUGUUUUCCUGCUACAAAAGCUAGCCUUGGAGUACUGAAGAUUCAUAUGCCCUCCUUCCUCUCUUGCAUGUGAGAGGGGAAGAGCAAAAGCUUGUGCUUUUGGUUGUAAGUAAACUGCAGCCCUGUGUUAUGUGUGAAUUGCAGCUGUGGUUUAGUUCAGAGCUCAAGUUAAUCAAGCCAUGGCUACAUAGCUGGGUUGUUACCUAACUGUAGUUUGAAUAAACCACAGUUCCUCAAAUGUUUAGGUAACACAGAACUGUGGUUUAUUUCAAACCAAAAUCAAAAGCACUCCCAUGCUUGAAAGAGGGGGAGAGUGGAGCACACAAUGCUGUAGCCCAAGGUUCAUUCUUCUAAUGCGGAACCACAGUUCAUUCCAAGUUCAUUCUUGUAAUGGGGAACCACAGUCUUCUGAUGCAUAUGAACCUAGUCUUGGUUCCCAACUGGCCCAAGUGAAAUGGCAAGAAAAAAGAUUGUUAUUCCAGUUAAGGUGUUUUGUUAGUUGGUUGUAUUGCAUCUUACUGUAAUAACAGAGUUUAAUAAACAUUGUUUCUUAAGUUUUGA